AUGCAGACACAGUACAACAGAAGGUGGUUGUGGAAGAACUACCAGUAUGUGUUGGCCUUUUACUAUGCUAUUGAGGAGAUCAAUAAAGAUCCUCACCUGCUUCCCAACCAGUCCUUGGGUUUCCAGCUCUACAAUUCUGUUAAUAGUGACCACAGGACCUUGGAGAAUGCACUAAUGUGGUUUUCUGGAGGAGAUGAGAUUCUCCCUAACUAUAGUUGCAAGAUUCCAAAGAAGUCUGUGGCUGUAAUUGCAGGCACUGCAUCACCAUUUUCUGCUCAGAUUGGAACACUUCUGGAGCUCUACAGAAUCCCACAGAUCACAUAUGGUCCUUUUGACCCCAGCCUCAGGGACAAACACCAGUAUCCAUCUCUCUACCAGAUGGCCCCCGGGGACAGCACUCUGUUCCAUGCAAUGAUCGCAUUAUUGCUGCAUUUUGGCUGGACGUGGGUGGCCGUCUUUAUAUCUGAUGAUGUGAAAGGGGAGCAGUUCAUGAGGGACCUGGAAGCAGAGAUGCUAAAGAAAGGUAUCUGUGUGGCCUUGACAGAAAAGCUCCCUGCCAUUACCACAAUGUUUGGAUCAAGUCACACCACUUUUAUGACUAGGAUCAGAGUUUCAUCUGCCAAUGUGCACAUCCUGUAUGGGGAGGUCAGGAGCCUCAUCACUGUGGACAUCGCAGCUGAAUUCUUUUUGACCACAGGAAAGGUGUGGAUCAUGACUGCAAAGUGGGACAUGGUUGUGUAUGAGACGGACCACAUGCUGCACUCUUUCCAUGGAAGCUUCUCAUUGUCACCUCAUAAGAGGGAAAUUCCUGGCUUCAAGCACUUUCUGAAGACAUCCAACCCUUCUCAAUACCCACAAGAUUUUUACUACAGUAUAUUGUGGACUUUCUUUUAUGACUGCUCACUUCCUGGGUCCUUGUGUGGGAAGAUAGGAGUCUGCCUACCAAAUAUUUCCUUAGAGACUCUGCCUGGAAACUUGGACAUAAUGACCAUAUCGGACUCAAGCUAUUUCAUCUAUAAUGCUGUGCAUGUGUUGGCCCGUGUGCUGCAUACAGUGAUCUUGGAGAAAAUGGAAAUGAGAUCUCCAGAAGAUGAGAACCAGCCUGAGAUUCUUCCUUGGCAGCUUCAUCCAUUGCUGAAGAAAAUCCAGUUCAUAAACAGUGGUGGACAUCAGAUAUCCUUCGAUGAGAAAAGACACCCUAUGGCAUGGUAUGACAUCCAGAACAGUGUGAACUUCCCUGCUGGUCUUAGGAUGCUGAUUAAAGUAGGAGAGUUUGUCUCCAAGAGUCCUCACAACCAAGCCUUAGUCAUCAAUGCAGAGAUGGUAGAGUGGCCUAUUGGAUUCAUGGAGACUCCUCGGUCCGUAUGUAGCCAGAGCUGUGCUCCAGGGUUCAGGCAAAUUCCCCAGGAAGGAAGACCUCUCUGCUGUUUUCACUGUGUUUUGUGCCCGGAGAGACACAUUUCCAACAGGACAGAUGCACAGCACUGUAUCCAGUGCCCACCCAAGGAAUAUGCAAACAGUGAGAGGAAUCACUGCCUCCCGAAGGUCAUAACGUUCCUGUCUCUUCAGGAUCCUCUGGGGAUGUCCCUGGCUUGCACAGCUCUAUGUUUCUCUGUCAUCACCAUUCUUGUUCUUGGGCUCUUUGUAAAGCAUGGAGAUACUCCCAUGGUCAAAGCCAACAAUAGGGGUCUCAGCUACACCCUGCUCAUCUCCCUCACCUUCUGUUUUCUGUGCUCCUUGCUCUUCAUUGGACAUCCCUGCACUGCCAGCUGCAUCCUCCAGCAGACCACAUUUGCAGUUUUCUUCACUGUGGCUGUCUCCACUGUCUUGGCCAAAACCAUUACUGUGGUGCUGGCCUUUAAGGUCACUGCUCCAGGCAGAAGGAUGAGGCAACUCCUGGUAUCAGGGGCACCAAACUACAUCAUCCCCAUCUGCACCCUGAUCCAACUCACUCUCUGUGCAGGCUGGAUGGGGACAAAUCCACCAUUUGUGGACACAGAUGCACACUCUGAGCAUGGCCACAUCAUCAUCAUGUGCAACAAGGGCUCCCUCACUGCCUUCUACUGUGUCCUGGGAUACUUGGGCUCCUUGGCCCUGCUCAGCUUCACUGUGGCUUUCCUGGCCAGGAAUCUGCCUGACACCUUCAAUGAAGCCAAGUUCCUGACAUUCAGCAUGCUGGUGUUCUGCAGUGUGUGGGUCACCUUCCUCCCUGUGUACCACAGCAGCAAGGGGAAGGUGAUGGUGGCCAUGGAGGUUUUCUCUAUCUUGGCCUCGGGUGCAGGUUUGCUGGGCUGCAUCUUUGCCCCUAAGUGCUAUAUCAUUUUGAUAAAGCCUGAUAAGAAUUCCAUGAAAUAUUUAAUAGCCAGGAAGUAA